AGAAAGACACAUCAAAGUUUAGAUCUACAAAUUUAUAUAGUAUAGCUUUUAACAUAUAUAACAUAUAUAAUGUUUGCUACCCUGCCAAACGAUAGAGAAUCUUCUUUAAGAUACCGUUUUUGCUCUCAAAACUUGACUUACGUGAUUGGCUUAAUAUUCUUAUUCGACCAGAGAUGUCAGGCUCUAACCGCCGUUCCAGGGACCCGGGCAAUGAUGAUUAUAACGAGAUCAAAGCAACAAACGUCCGGUAUGAACAUGGUACGGUCUCACGUACAAAGCGUGCUAAGGUCCUGGGAGCGGGUCAGUUCCGUGGUUGCACGGUCUGGUUCACCGGACUGUCCGGCGCUGGCAAAACUACCAUCUCUUUUGCUGUUGAAGAGUACCUCGUUAUGAAGGGAAUUGCUGCUUACAGUUUGGAUGGAGAUAACUUAAGACAUGGUUUGAACAAGAACCUUGGCUUUACUGCUCAAGACAGAGAAGAAAACAUCCGUCGUGUUUCAGAGACAGCUAAACUGUUUGCUGACAGUGGAAACAUCUGCCUUACCUCCUUCAUCAGCCCUUAUCUCGCGCAAAGAGAGUUGGCAAGAAAACUGCACGAGGACGCAGGACUGAAGUUUAUUGAGGUCCACGUGGCUACUCCUAUCGAGAUCUGUGAGAAGAGGGACGUCAAGGGACUUUACGAGAAGGCCAGAGCUGGAAUAAUCAAAGGAUUCACAGGUAUUGAUGAUCCGUAUGAGGCCCCAGUCAGUCCAGAUAUUGUUUUAUGUUCUGACAAGGAUAAUAUCCACAGUAUCAACGAUUGUGUCCAACAAGUCGUGUCUUUCCUUCAGAAAAACGACAUCGUGCCAUUUGAUUGCGUGGAUACAGUGAGGGAGCUGUUUGUUCCAGGACACAAGGUCGAUGAGCUGAGACAGGAAGCCGAGACUCUCCCCCAACUGGAGGUCACCAAACUUGACACACAGUGGAUUCAGGUUUUGUCCGAGGGAUGGGCAACUCCUCUCCGAGGGUUCAUGAGGGAGACGGAAUAUCUCCAGACUCUUCACUUUAACAACAUCAAAUCAGUAGACGGAAGCAGUAACCAGUCAGUACCUAUCGUUCUUCCUAUCUCUGUCGAGGACAAGGACCGUCUGAAAGAAGAGAAGUCAGUAGCUCUGCGAUACAACGGUAAGAUCGUCGCCGUGGUCAGAGAACCGGAGACAUACGAGAUGAGGAAAGAGGAGAGAUGUGCCAGACAGUGGGGAAUUGUCCACAAGGAGCAUCCUUAUCAACAGCUGAUCUGGGAAUCUGGUGACUGGUGUCUUGGUGGUGAUCUGGAAGUUCUCGAGAGGAUCAAGUGGGAAGAUGGCCUGGACCAAUACAGACUUACUCCUAACCAACUGAGAGCCGAGUUCAAGAAGAGGAAAGCUGAUGCAGUGUUCGCCUUCCAGCUGAGGAACCCCAUCCAUAAUGGACACGCUCUCCUCAUGGCUGAUACCAGGAAGAGACUGUUAGAGAGAGGUUACUCGAACCCCGUCCUGCUGCUGCAUCCUCUUGGAGGGUUCACCAAGAACGAUGAUGUGCCCCUGAAUGUGAGGAUUGAGCAGCAUCACGCUGUUAUGAAGGAGGGAGUUCUGGACCCUGACUCCACUGUCAUGGCCAUCUUCCCUAGCCCCAUGAUGUACGCUGGCCCUACUGAGGUCCAGUGGCACGCCAAGGCUCGUAUUGCAGCUGGUGCAACUUACUACAUUGUCGGUAGAGAUCCGGCUGGUAUGAAACACCCCGGUCACGGAGACGACAUCUACGAGCACACACACGGACGAAAGGUCCUGACCAUGGCCCCCGGCCUUGGACAACUCACCAUCAUCCCCUUUGUUGUGGCCGCCUACGACAAGACAAAGUGUCAGAUGGCAUUCUACGACUCUUCCCGGCACGAGGACUUCCUGUUCAUUUCCGGCUCCAAGAUGCGACAACUCGCUCGUGACGGAGAGGAACCCCCUCCCGGCUUCAUGGCUCCCAGCGCUUGGGAAAUCAUGUCUUCCUUCUACAAAAACAAAGCAAAGAUGCAGUCAUAAGUCGUGGGAGAGACUAGAUUUGCAAGUUCCCCAGUGAGAGACUAUUUGAUUUAUUUUAUUCCUAUUCUGAUUAAAAACAGUUACUGUAGACAUAAUGUUGAUGACCGAUUUUUAGACGAUAAAACCUCUUUAUUCUGUACAGUAAAACUAAUAAAAUAAGUGAUGUAGACAACUGUGUUAAAUAUAGUAAAUUAAAAUUAUUUUGGAUUUUGUAAAAACAAUCUCCCUGAAGUUAUUUUCGCAGUUAAAUUAACUUGUUGUGGUUAAAUUUAAGGGACACAUAUAUAUGGUUAUUUUAUCUUGUUAUUGGUAAUGAAGUACUUAUCUAUUUUAAUCCCUUAAUAAACAAUUAUGGAGUUUAUUACAAUUACAUGGUACAGUUUCAAAUUUAUCAAAUUCUUAAUAAUAAUAUACUUAUAUAAAUAGAUUAAAUUUAAAUGUUUUUUCUUUGAAUGCCCAAUUCUGACUUGCAUCAUCCGCUAUAGAUAUUAAUCUAAUUAAUGCUUAUUGUUAGGGAGAUAUAAUAUAUUUAUUUUAUUUAUGAUAUAUUUUAAUUUGGGCCUCUUUUUCGCGUUGAGCGCUAGGGUUAUCUUUUUUCUGCAUUUUGCUGGGGUUUUGUCGCUAUUUUUCCACAUUUUGCUGGGGUUUUGUCGCAUUUCAUCCACAUUUUGCUGAUUUUUUUCGCAUUUCCCUGUUCCUCUCCAGAACAUCUGAAUUGAGUUUCCCCUCUGCCUUGGACCGGGGUUCUAAGCAUGUUUGAUAUAUGAUAGAAAUAAUGAAUUUGUCAUGGAAAGAGGUUGAAGUCCAUGUCAACAA